GUAUAUAUUCAUCUCUUCCUUUCUCUCUCUCUCUCUGCAUUUAUAUUCUGAUGAUUAGCUUGCUGAAAGCAAGAACUGGUGAGUCUCUCUCUCUCUCUCUCUUUUAUUUUCUUUGGCAGUUGAGUUGAAUCAAGAUAUGAGUUCGAAUGGUACCAACCUAGAUAGAAUAAAGACAGAAAGGAAGAAGAAUAUAUUGUUUGGAUUUUCUCCUCCUCCUUAGUCUCCUGACACGCGCGCACAUAUAUGUAUAUAUAGCUACCUCUUUGAAAUCUCAUUUCACAGGACGGGAGCAAUUUGAUUUUGAAUAAACAUCAUGGAUUCAUGUGUGCGGACGAUUCUCAGUUUUCUUUUCAACGAAACCGUGAUGAGGCAUGGGGCUUAUGUCUUUCAAUACGAGGAUCUGGUCCACCGACUGGAACAAGAAAAUAGGACGCUCGGUGAAAAAAAGGAGAGAAUCCAGGGACUGGUGGAUACAGCCACACGCAAUGGGAGAUCCAUUGAAACUGAGGUCUCCAGUUGGCUAGGGGAAGUAGAACAGAUGGAACGAGACAUCGCCAACUUCCUGCGUCAACAAGAAAACAGAGAACAGAUGGAACGAGACUUCGCCAAUUUCCUGCGUCAACAAGAAAACGGAGAAUCUUUCAAGUGUUUUCCGGGCUGCAUGUGUCCCAACUUAAUGUGGCGUCACGAAAGGGGAAUGGAAGCUGACAAGAAGAAGUCGAAGGCCAUAGAACUGAUAGGUAGGGGUGACCAGCUAGAGAGGUUGCCAGUGUCAUAUGAUGCACCGUUCCAAUCGGAUCUGCUCUUUGAUUCUCCUUAUUAUUACACCACGUUCUCAUCAAGAGCUUCAGUUUUUGACGACAUCAUGAAUGCUUUGAAGGAUUCAGGGGUUGGCAUGAUUGGGGUCCAUGGGCCUGGUGGUGCUGGGAAGACGACGAUGGUGAAAAAGGUUGCCAAAGAAGCUAAGAAACAAGGAAUUUUUGAUAAGAUUGUGAUAGCAGUUGUGUCUAAAGAUCCAAACACCUCAAAACUUCAAGAAGAUCUUGCACCCCAACUGGAACUCAAGUAUGGACAAAACAGUGAGUUAGGAAAAGCAGAUGAGCUACUAAAGGCAUUGUCUAACGGGAAAAGAAAGAUACUGGUAAUAUUGGAUGACCUUUGGCAAGGACUAAACUUGAAUGAAAUUGGAAUUCCUAUUUCGGGCCCUGGCCCCAAAGGUUGCAAAAUUAUGCUAACCUCGCGUAAAGAAGACGUGCUCAAAGGGAUGAACGUUCAUUCACCUUUUUUCAUUGAUUACUUGAAGGAGGAAGAAGGGUGGGAGUUGUUUAGGAAGGUGACAGGAGAUUUUGGAGUUGAUGAAUGCACAGCAAGAGAGGUAUGCAAGAAAUGUGCAGAUCUGCCUAUUGCUAUAGUAGCAGUUGGAGUUGCAUUAAAGGGCCAGGAAGAGGUGGUGUGGCGAAAUGCACUUUCCCAAUUAGCUAAGUCCCCUCUAAAAUACAUUGAAGGCAUUGAAGGAGUUGAACUAGCGGGUUAUACCCCCUUAAAGUUGAGCUAUGAUUUUCUAAAAGACGAGGGUGCAAAGUCGUGCUUCUUACUCUGUUGUUUGUUCCCCGAAGAUGCUGAGAUUUCUAUUGAUGACUUGGUUAGAUAUAGCUUUGCCUUGAGGUUCCUCGGAAGAGAGGGGGAUACGCUCAAAGAUGCAAGAGAUAAAGUACAAGACAUGAUUUAUAUGCUGAAAAGGUCCUGCUUGUUGCUAAAUGGAGAAAACAAGAAUUGUGUCAAAAUGCAUGACGUUAUGCGUGACCUUGCAAUUGUUAUCACAUGGGAGAAGCAAACAGAACACGGAGGUGGCCAUGAUUGGCCAGGGCGACAACAGUUCAUGGUAAAUCACGAAAUUCGAGUGUUGCCGAACAAUAAUGCCUGGAAGCAUCACACAGCAAUCUCAUUGAGGAUCAAUGAUAACUUUACUUUUCCUUGCGGCGUGUUCGAUUGUCCACUAUUGCAUACCUUUGUAUUGCAUCCCGGAAAAUCUUCACAUAUAAUUCCAAAUAACUUCUUUCAAGGCACGAAGAUGGCAACCGUUUUAGAUUUGGAAAACAUAUCGUUGGAGCUCCCAUCAUCAAUUUUGGAGUUGCAUGAUCUUCGAAUGUUAUGUCUACGCAAUUGCAAAUUAUUGGGAGACUUAACUACAAUUCAAGAUUUAAAAAAUCACAUUGAGAUACUUAGUUUUGAGAAAACUGAGAUUAAAGAGUUGCCACAAGAGAUUGGAAAAUUGACUUGUCUGCGGUCUUUGGAUCUGAGAAUGCGGCAGCUGAGGGUGAUUCCAAAGGGUGUGAUAUCUAAUCUGAUCUAUCUAGAAGAGUUAUAUGUUUUAGGCAACUUUAAUGGAUGGAAUACCACUGUAGAUGGUGGGGGAAUGAGCAAUGCGAGCAUUGCUGAGCUGAAAUCAUUGACUCAAUUAACAGUUUUACAUAUCAUUAUUUCAGCAGAAAGUUUCAAGAUUAUGAUACAAGAAUGCCCUAAGUUAUUUGAGAAAUUGAUUAAGUUUGCAAUAUUUAUAAACCUUCCCUCUGCGACUUUUAUUGGUCGUAUUCGAACCUUCAAUGUUUUGGAAAUUUAUGAUAUUCAUCGUACAGAUGAUGAAUUUCAUCUCUUGAUGGACAAAGGUUUUCAUCUCUUGAUGGACAAAGUAAGUGAGUUGAGGUUGAUCAGGAUUCCGCAUUUGGAAGGGUUGUUCUUACAUGGCAAGCCACAACUAAAGGUUAUCCCAAGUGGUGGGGGACCUUUUAGUAAAUUAACCUCUUUAAAAUUUUUUGAGUGUCACGGUAUGAGAUUUCUCUUUUCCUCCUCCAUCGCCAGGGCACUCCAACAACUCAAAAUACUAUACGUAUUGGAUUGUAGCAAAAUGGAACAAAUAAUUGGAGUAGUAGAUCAUCAUAACGGCGAGAAAGUAGUAGCUGAUGAAGCAAUUAUUUUUAGUCGAUUGGUGGACUUGCAAUUGCGAGGACUUCCAGAAUUUAAAAGCUUCUACCCCAAAAUGGAGAAGACAACAAGUUUUACCGUAACAGGAGAAUUUAUCUUUGAUGAAAAGGUUCUUUUUCCCGUCUUAACGCUUCUGAAUAUUACAAAGUUACCAAUAGAAUAUAUUUGGAACAAGCAAGCGAUUCAAUUUUCAGGAAUAUCAAACAAAGUAUCUUUUUCUCAAUUGGAGAAAUUAAAGAUUUUUAAUUGUCCUUCUUUGACAUUGUUAGUUGAAGACCUCAAUCCUAAUAUCCAAAGUUCUACAAUUAAAUCUAAAUUGAAUGAUGUGUUCCCAAAGUUGAUAGCAAGUGGUGGGGGACCUUUUAGUAAAUUAACCUCUUUAGAAAUUUAUGGCUGUCACGGUAUGAAAUUUCCCUUUUCCUCCUCCACCGCCAAAGCACUCCAGCAACUUCAAACACUAGAAGUAUCGUGUUGUAGCAAAAUGGAACAAAUAAUUGGAGUAGUAGAUCAUCAUCACGGUGAGAAAGUAGUAGCUGAUGAAGCAAUUAUUUUAAGUCGAUUGCAGCACUUGACUUUGUGGAAACUUCCAGAAUUUAAAAGCUUCUACCCCAAAAUGGAGAAGACAACAAGUUUUACCGCAGCAGCAGAAUUUAUCUUUGAUGAAAAGGUUCUUUUUCCCGUCUUAACACGUUUGAAGAUUAAUGAGUUACCAGUGGAAUAUAUUUGGAACAAGCAAGCGAUUCAAUCUUCAGAAAUAUCAAACAAAGUAUCUUUUUCUCAAUUGGAGAUAUUAAGGAUUUUUAAUUGUCCUUCUUUGACAUUAUUAGUUGAAGACCUCAAUCCUAAUAUCCAAAGUUCUACAAUUAAAUCUAAAUUCAAUGAUGUGUUCCCAAAGUUGAUAGAUCUUCACUUAGGUAAUCUUCCCAAGUUGAUGAAAACAUGGCUUAGUGACGAGGACUACUGCUCCUAUGACAAUUCUGUCAAUUUACACCUAAAAAGGAUAUCAAUUACGGGUUGUGACAGUUUGAGACAAGUAUUUUCAGCUUUUGUUGCUAGACAUCUUGUGCGCAUCCAAAAGUUAUGCAUAAAAGGUUGUCUCGGAAUGGAAGUGAUAGUGUCGGAGGCUAGGGGAGAAGGAAAGAUCGAUGAUGGUACAAUUAAGUUCAGGGACUUAGAAGAAUUGUGGCUUGAAGAUUUACAAAAUCUUAGAAGUUUUUAUGACUCCAAGUUUGAAGCACCACGUUUAUUUAAUUUUCAGGAUGCUUGCCCCAACGUAAAAACACUCUAUUUGAGAGAUCUUAAAAGCAAAAGAGAGAUACAACUUUGGGAUCUGGAUAGCACACAAGAACAUCUACACAGUGUGAGAUUACUCGGAUGUCAAGUCUCGACCAAGGUUUUAUCUCAUCAUCUGAGGUGAAGCUCUAGAAUAAUCAACUAUUUAUGCUUAGAGAAUUGUCAAGGGUUCAAACAUGUUAUUGAUCUUGAUAGCACAACAAGCGUUUGUGAAGAGCUGUUUGUUGAUGUGGAAAGAUUAAAGCUCAAUAACGUACCUGAGUUGGUGUCUCUGUGGAACAAGAAUCUUUAUGAAAUUGAGGGACUUCGAAACUUAAAGUAUAUAAAUAUCGGUAACUGUCCUCAAAUGAAAAGUUUGCUUACACAUUCUAUGGCUACGACUCUUCAACACCUAAAGAAGCUAGUAGUGGAACGUUGUCAAAUGAUGGAAGAGAUUAUUAUUACUGAAGAGAAUAAUAUUAAUACUGCAAAGGAAGAAAAGGUAACUUGGCAGAUUAAAUUUUUAAAAUUAGAAUAUUUGAUUUUAAUUGGCCUACCAAAUCUCAAAAGCUUUUGCAAUGAUGAGAGAGGUUCCUUUAGCUUUGUAACAUUGCGUGGAGUUUGCGUGAAGAAUUGUCCAAAAAUGAAGACUUUUGUUUCUGGACAAAUUUUCUCGUUGCCGACGAUGAUGCAAGCCGUGGUGGGAGAUGAAAAGGUUGAUAUCACAAAUCUUAAUGCAUAUUUUGAGGCCAGGAAUGAGGAUAGCAACCACAUGGGGAAAAUCAUACAUUGGGGAGGUAGCUUCGAGCGGAAUGAAUUAUUGAAGAAAGAAGGUUACGAAGAUGAUGGUUACGAAAUCUGGGACCACAUAUAUCUGGGAUAUGAUAGUAAAUCUAAGAGGGAAUCUGAGUGUGAAUCUAAGUGAAGAGUACAUCAUGGAACACACAUAAUGGUGAUAAACCCUUAUCGUAAAUUUUUUUUCUCAAUUUUCUAAUUAAAUUUAAUAUCAAAUUUGCUUCGUUUGUUAUCAACUCUUUGUUUGGUGCGGUACAAUUUGAAAUUUUCCUUAACCUAUAUAAAAAGACUAAAUGCAAAUCUUAACACGUUUUGACGUAGAUUUGAUGAAAAAAAACCUAUAUAUUAAGUGAACAAUUCAAGAUCGAUGAGGAGGAUGAUAAAUUAAGUCCAUUGGGCGCUAUUGAUAGGUAACUUUGAAUUAUUUCCCCAUAUGAUGAUCUAUAUUUAUAGAGUUUUGUUGUGAGUUGUUGUUUUGUUGUUUUCUUAAGGUAUGGGUGUUUGCUAUAUUAUUUUUGGGACAUUGUGCACAAGUGGUUACAUAUACAUAUGAAUAUACAUGUAUAUUAAUGUUUGUGAUGUUGGGACAUGUAAUGAAGGAUUCAUUUCUAUUAUUAAAAUAAUUAUAACAAAGUGUGUGCUUUCUUUGAACUUUUAAUUGCAGAAUUUGUUAUAACUUUGGUUUGUAUAACAAUAUUAAAGCAUUUUUGUUUAGUUGGGUCUCAUCUA